AUGGGCAAUCUUUUCCCCAAGGAUAAUAACACAGCGGGAGUGGAUGCUUUUGUUAAUGGAGGUUUCAGAUAUUGGAAUAGAAGAGACACAAUUGUAAAGCAUGUUGGUGGACACAAGAGUGCUCACAAUAAUGUCGUGAUUGCUAUGAACUUUUUCAUGAAUCAAAUGAGUAGCAUUGCCACCACUUUAUCAAAACAAACAGCGGAAACCAUGAGUGCCUAUCGUAAGAGAUUGGAAGCUUCAAUUGAAACCAUUAGAUGGCCAUUGUUUCAAGGGUUUCCUUUUCAUGGUCAUGAUGAAAAGGAAAGUUCAUUAUCUAAAGGUAACUUUCUUUCGUUAUUAACUCUUCUUUCAAACCAUGAUCCUGAGUAUUCCAAAGUUGUUUUUAAAAUGGCCCCUGGUAAUUGUCAACUUACUUCUCCAAGUGUCCAAAAAGAUAUAAUCAAUGCUUGUGCUAAAGAAACAACUAAAGCAAUAUUGGAAGAACUUGAUGGUGGAUUUUUUGCUAUUCUUGCUGAUGAAUCUGCCGAUGUUUCCGAUAAGGAACAAAUGGCACUUUGUUUGAGAUUUGUUAAUAAAAAGGGGGAAGCGUGUGAGCGUUUUCUUGGUAUUGUGCAUGUUCCUGAUACUAGUUCUUUGACUCUCAAAGCUGCUAUUGAGUCAUUACUCAUGGAACACUCUUUAACUUUCUCUCAAGUUCGAGGUCAAGGUUAUGAUGGGGCAAGUAAUAUGCAAGGUUCAAUCAAUGGCCUUAAAACUCUAAUUUUGAAUGAAUGUUCUCAAGCAUACUUUGUUCAUUGCUUUGCUCAUCAACUUCAAUUGACACAAGUUGCACUUGCUAAGAAAAACUCAGAUUGUGGUUCACCUAAGAGGAAAGAAUUUCUUCGAGAAAAACAACGUCAAGGGGUUGUAGAAGCAUUAUCUUUGGGUGAAAUUGAAUUGGGAACUGGUUUAAAUCAAGAACGUGGCUUAUGUAGACCUUGUGAUACUCGUUGGGGAUCUCACUUUAAAACCAUUUUGAAUGUGCUUGAUUUAUAUCCUUCAAUACUUUUGUCACUUGAUUCCAUUGCAGAAGUAUCCGAUACACUUGAUUCGAAUAAAGCACAAUCUAUUACACACUUGUUGAUGUCAUUUGAUUUUGUGUUUGUGGCACACUUGAUGGUUGAUAUAUUUGGCAUUACAAAUGCGUUGAAUGUGGCAUUGCAAAAACAUGAUCAAGAUAUUGUAAAUGCAAUGGUCAUGGUUGAUGUAACCAAGACUAGUUUGCAAAAGUUGAGAGAUGAAGGAUGGGAUUCACAUAUGGAAAAAGUCACUUCUUUUAUGGCUAAAUAUGACAUUGAGGUUCCAAACAUGGAGGGGCGAUAUGUGGUUCUUGGGAGAAGAAUGUAUAGAGGUAAAGGUCCACAAGUGACUAAUCUUCAUCAUUUUAGAGUUGAAGUUUUUCUAAGUGUCAUUGAUCUUCAAUUACAAGAACUUGAAAAUCGAUUUCCCGAGGUAAGUAAGGAAUUACUUGUGUGUAUGUCUUGCUUUAAUCCUGCAAAUCGGUUUCAUUCUUUUGACAAAAGAAAGUUAGUUCAACUUGCCAAAUUUUAUCCCGAUGAAUUUUCAAGCUCUGAGUUAUUAUUUUUUGAACAUUCACUUGAAAAUUUCAUUGUUGAUGUUCGAAAUGAUGAGAGAUUUUGGAAUUUGAAAAGUCUAAGUGAACUUUCUACGAAACUUGUUGAGACGGGAAAGUUUGAAACUCAUGACCGAGUCUACUUACUUUUGAAGUUAGUGUUGAUUCUUCCCGUUACAACGACAAGUGUAGAAAGAGUAUUUUCUGGAAUGACGCAAGUUAAAGAUAAAUUGCGUAAUAGCAUGGGAGAUCAAAUGUUGAAUGAUUGUUUGAUUACUUAUCUAGAAAGAGAUUUGUUUUACAAUGUUAGCAUGGAUGAUAUUGUACAUCGUUAUCAAAAUAUGAAAACUCUCGAGAGCAAUUUGAUAUUGGAUGGAGAUGGUGAAAAAAAGAAUUUGAUGUUACUCGUUAAGGGCUUCAUCCUGGAAGGCAAAUAA